GGACAGAGAGCCUGUAACCACUGCACUGACAAGCCUCCCCCUAAUACAUCUGGGGGAAACUUUCACCUUCAUGUCCCCAUACUUUGUGUCACAUUAGGAGAACGCAAUGGACCUCCACAAAAUCAUCCACAGUGCGCUGCACGAAUUUAUCCGGGCUUAUAUUCCUGAUGCAGAUCUCAGCACGCUGGACGAUGUUCUUCUGUCUUACAUCACUGGAGUCCUGGAGGAUCUCGGCUCCCAGCAGAGCGUUGAGGAGAAUUUCGAUGUAGAGGUCUUUGCAGAGAUGCUAGAAGCAUACAUACCUGGCUUUGCUGAAAUUGACAGUGUUAAAGUCUGUGAUAUGAUGUUCAGCCUGGCUUCAAAACUGGCCACAGCUCGGACCUCAGCUGACGAAGAAAACAGCGUGCCUAAGGAAAAGACAGAUGAGAUUUCACUGAAACUCACCAACCUGCCCAGUGCACCUCCACCAGGGAGUGAAACGCAGUGCCUUAAAACACAGACAGAGGGCGCCACUGCCAAGGUGCCAGUGUCUGAGUGGGAGGCCCAGGAGCAGCACCUGCUGGAGAUGUUUCCCAAGUGUAGUCUGUCAGAGGCCCGCAGUGCCCUGUCCAUUGCCAAAGGAGACAUGGAGGAAGCUGUGCGCCUUAUUAUAGAGGGUGAUGUCCAACUCAGCCCCACUCCUCUUAAUGUAAACCAUGGGAAAAGUAUUCCCUUACAAGCAGACCACAAACUUAAAGAGAGCAUCCUUGAGAAAUACAUGCUGGUUGACCGGGAAGAUGAUAAAAAAACACACCGGCCUGUCGCCCCCAAAGAUGCUCCAAAGAAGCUAGUUCGGUACCACAGUAAUCAGGUGGUAUCCACAAAAGGAGAGCGAUAUCAACUUGUGAAGACAAACGAGACAGAGGAGAUGAAGAAGACGUAUGUCAACCUCAAGCCUGCACGAAAGUACAGAUUCCAUUGAUGACAAGCACAAUUCUGUAAGAGCAGCUACUGACAAUAUUGUUUACGUCAUUUUUAAUGUAUUAAGUUGGUUUAGCCUGAAUUUGUUAGAUAUUUAUACCAACUACAGGAAGCUAUAUGUUAGUGUGUCAGUGGCUUAUUUUUAAAAAUGUUACCGUUAUCUGCCUUGGUUAAAACAUUUAAUGACAGUAUUUCAGUUACUUCUCUUUCUUGUGGAGCUUUUGAAAUUUUGUGUGAUAUUUUGGUGGGAAUGUUGUAACUUGUGUUUGUGUGUCAGCAUCUACUUUUUGCCAUCUCAGCAGGUCUGAUGUUGCACUGUUGUCUUUUUUUUGUUUAUUUUUUCCCCUUUUUUUGUAUAUUCUUAACUAACAAUAUGGAUUCAUAUUUAUGACAUGGUGUUGUAGGGAUGAGUGUAUUUUCAUUGUUGUAAAUAGGUUCUAGUGGUGCUUUAGACUUUCCUCUGGAUUACAUUACAGGUCUCAACUGCUUUUUGUACAUGUGGGUGUUAAAUCAUCAAUGCCAAUUUCAUCUAGAAAGGUUUAUUUUUACAUCUCACAGGAGUGCAAGUGCUGUGAAAAUGUUUGCUCAAGCCUUGUGUUUUUGGACAGUUUGUUGUGCUGCAAAAUGUUUUUAAACAAAACAGGUUUGUUUGACAGAGACAGAUAAUUUAAGAACAUUUGUACAGUGGAUGCGCACAUCAGUCCUCACCUAAGAGUUUCAUAUGUGGCCUCUCCUGGUAAUUGUUUACUUAUUAAGAUGAGACUAGUAUGUACCGUACUGAAUGUUAGGCAGGUUUACUCACUUACUGUAGCUGGAUAACUUUACUGAACAGAUUUUUUUUCUUUUUAUCAGUCCAUUUUCCAGACUUCAGGGGUUUUACCUAGUAAAAUAUCUCUGUAAUGAAGCAGGUUUUAUAUUCAAAGUAGUCGAGUACCGCCUUGAAUUGUAAUCAUGACAAGUAAAUGGCUGCUACAGAUGGGUAAAAAAUUGAAGAAAAAACCAACAAAAUGUCCUAGUAGUGUGUUGGGCCACCACGUGCCACCAGGACAGCUUCAGUGCGCUUUGGCAUUGAUUAUACAAGUCUCUGUACUGGCCAACACAUUGGUCCAAAAUCUCCUGUAGUUGUUUAAUUGUCCUAAACUGAGCCUGCAUCAUUUUAAUACAUGCCACAGAGCAGGAUUGCAUAUUAAUUGCUUAAUUGUGGCAUGUAGUGUCCCUGUGUGGAAGCAUGUACAUUUAUCAUGUUUCUGCACUCAUUUAUUCAGUUUUUCCUUAAACUUUUCACCUGUCUGUAGCUAGGAAGGUCUAUUUCUACGAGACUUGAGCAGCAUAAGAGCAAAUGUUAAAUAUUUGUCAGUGGCAUUGCUAACUUCUGGUUAACAAGGGGUGCACUUAUUUUUACAAACCUUAAAAUAAUUGUAUUACUCAACUGUAAUGGAAAACAUUGUAUAACUAUCAAAUCACUCGUAAUUUUCUAACAAAAAUUCAAUUCUCAAGGCGUGCACAAACUAUUACAGCACCUUAAAUUAGUGGAAAAGUAGAGGACUGUGACUCCCACCUCAAUGGUAACUGAGACAUGCGGCUUGAGGACUUGAUUUUAAAGUUCACUCAAACAGCAUUUUUAUUUUUGAUAUAGAUGUUUAGAUUUUGGAACGUCUCUGAUCAUGUGUUAAUUGUGACCAGGGCUGUUGUGUGCUUUCAGGGUCUGUUUACCUCAUGUUACUGAAGUAGUCCUCUAUCAUGGCUCCUUUUAAUCUCAUUUUGUGUUUUGUGAAUUUUGCUUCAUAUGUGACUGUUGGUUGUAAAAUUAUGAUUGAAUUCUCAUUUGAUUCUUGGUAGUAGUACAUUAGGAUAAAUGGGUCCGUCAGGAUUUGUUUUUUAUGAACAUAUACUGUUUAUUUGUGCUAAUGUCUGCAACCAUUUGGAGCAAAUUAUAAGCAAAUGUGUUUGAUUGGUAUACGUUUCCUGAGUAUAGGUGUAACACAAUCAUGUUGAAAAGAUGUGUUACUGAUACCGAUCAUUAUCAGCAGCAAUGUGGUCUUUAAUUAUGACAAUGGUGUUACUGUAGAGCAUGGAAUAGAUUUACUAAAGCUGUUUAGUCACAACUGAGUUUUAACUGCUCGCUUUGAGAAAACGCUGACUCACAAUUUAUAGUAAAUAAAUACUAAUUUUUGUAGACUACCA